AUGUCCGGUGGGUUUGGGGAAGAGGCAAGCAGGCCAACAACCCAAAGCUCAUCGUUCUCAAACAACAAUGGCGAUGGUGGAAACUUCGAGUGCAGCAUAUGCUUGGAUUUAGCUCAAGAUCCGGUGGUUACUUUAUGUGGUCAUCUCUUUUGCUGGCCUUGCAUCUACAAAUGGCUUCACAUGCCUUCUCGUUCACAAGAAUGCCCGAUGUGUAAGGCCUCCAUUGAAGAACAGAAAUUGGUCCCUUUAUACGGAAGAGGGAAGAAUCCAGACGCGAGGUCUGAAUCUGAAUCAGUUCCAAAUCGUCCCUCCGGUCAACGGCCGGAGACUUCCCGUCAACGAAAUCGGAAUGCGUAUCAUCAUGUGCAACAUCAACAUGGAUCUGGAAUAAUCGGUGGUUUUGGACCUGCGUUUACUGCGACUUAUGGGAAUUUUACGUUUUCAUUUGGGGGUUUUAUUCCGUCGAUUUUCAGUCUUCAUAUGCAUGCAUUCAAUGGACCGCAUAUGUAUGGAAAUGGAGCUCAUGAACUCCGUCACCACAGAGAUCAUCAUCAUGAAGUAUCGCCACUUAUUGUAAUUGGUCUCCUGUUUCUAUUUGCUCUACUUUGGGAACCCAAUAUCUGA